AUGAGAAGUUAAGACAAUUCAAAAUUAAAUAUAAGUGUUCAAAUCAAAGAGAACAGUUUUAUUAAGGGACGCAAAUUAGACUCCUUCACUAAUACUCCUUUAGUAAUAAACUCUCGAGAACAUCCUUAAUAUGGAAAUAUAAUCAAACAAGAAGAAAAUGAUAUUAUGUUGGGUAAUUUGCUCAAUAGACCAAUAAAAGUUAAAACCAAAAAGAAAAAAAAGAAGAAGGCUUUAAAUAAUAAGCUUAGUGCACCUGUGACUAAAGCAUCAUAAGAAAAGCUUGAAAAAAAUAGUAAGCCUAAAAAAAUUGUAAAUACUAGCAUGAACAAGCUUUAAAAAUAAAAAAAAGUAAAUAUUGCCCCUGUCUUCAAUUGGGGAGUCAAUUAGGAAAGAUUAAAAAAUUACUUUUUAAAUGAAUAACUCAAAUAAAGGAAUGUUCAAGACACCAUGUUGAAAAGAGUGAAUAAAACUGAUGUGGAUAUUAGGUAGAGGAGAGAUCAAUUAGGUGUUUCAUUUUUAAAUAAUAUAUCCAUCGAUAAAUUUAUUAAAAAGAAAAGUAAGCACUCUUAUUUUCUAUCAUUUAGAAAUAAAUAAAUCGUUGACUCCAACUAAAAAGGAUCCAAACAAACCCAAAUUUUAGAUCAACCAAGACGAAAUCAGGAAAUACAAAGAAUUUAAAUAGAAAAUGAUUAUGAUAGCAAAAUACGAAUUAAAAAAGAAAGAGUACGAAAGACAAUUCAAAAUCCAUCAAAAUUUAUAAAAUCUCAAUGAAUAUAUAAGAUCAAGAAAUAGAAGUCAUUCAGUUGGAGAUACAAAAUUAAAAAGAAAGAAUAGAACUGCAUCAACCUAUGGAAUCAUUUAUGAAGAUUAAAAAGAAAAUAUCCUGUCUGAUAGAUACGAAUAAAAGAAAAAGAGAAAAGUGUUAUGUCAAUUCAAAAAUCAAUCUGAUAAAUCUAAAUUAGUUUAGUCAUCAAAUCAUGAAUCCAUGAGGCAACCUUGCUCAUCAAUAUAUCAAUAUAUGAGCAACUCGAGUAGUGCAAACAUACCUAAUGAAAGUGAUCCUGAAUAGGAUUUUGCUAAUUUUGAUAAUAGCUUUUAUAGUUAGAAACUAAUUACUUUAGGAGAAGACAAGGAUGAAAUGUUGAGUUCGUAAAGAGAUUGGGAUGAACAAGAUAUUAAAGAAAUUGAGGAAAUUAGAUCAAUAGAAUAGGCUGCAAGUAAAUAUAGUGAAAAAAGAUAAAGAUCUCAGACAGAUGAACAAGCGGCAAUUAAAAUAUAAAAGGUGUGGAGAAGAUAUAAAACAAGAUAAAUCUUAAGCUAUUAUUAAGAUUAUUUUAAAAAAGAAGAAGAAUAAGCAGAAUUCAAUUUAAAUGACUUGCAUUAAAGUCAAAUUCAAGAAUUAAUAAAGAUGGGUUACAUAAAAGUUGAUUCAAAAGGAUAAAUUUAAUUAAUUGAUAAAGACCAAAGUGAAAAAUCUUCAGACUCUUCAAUAUAAAAUAAGAAUAAGAAACAAAAAUUAUAUAAAGAAGAAUUACCAUAAGUGCAAAAAUAAAUAUUUGCUGCACAUUCCUAUUAGGAUUACAUUGAAGGAUUCAGUGAUUCAAUAGAUAGUGAAGGAAAAAAAACUACUGAAAAAAAGCAAUUUUUAUCGGCCAUUUCGGAAUAACAAGAAAUGGAAAACUGCAGAGAAAGUACUGAAAAGAAUUCAUUGAUUAUGAAUCAAUAGAUAACCUUCAAAAAGAAAAAGAGAUUAUCAAUUGAUGUUGAUGAAAUUGAAAAGGAAUAUUAGAAUUAAUAAUAGGUUGAAAUUGGAGAAAUCAGAUGUGCUAUUGGAUCUGAAUCUCUAAUUAAAAGCUUAUCUUAAGAAGAUUAAACAUUCAAUUAAGAGAAGAGCAUCUUCGAAUAAACUUCAUUCUAAGAUUUUGUUUAGGUUAAAUUCAAAGAGUUCAUGUCAAGAGAGAAAAUGGAUGAACUCAUAGUAAUGAGAGAGAAGGUACUUGAAGAAAGACAUAAAUAAUAAAUUAAAACUAUAAAUGAGGCUUAUUAAAAUCAAUAAAUAUCUCCCAAGACUUAUGAUUAAUAGAAUAGAAAACUUGAAAAAUGGGUCACCAAACAAAGAAAAGAUUUAGAAAAGAAAAAAAAUGAGAUUAUUAAAGGUCAACAAAGUACUUAUGAGACUGUAAUGAAAACUCAAAGAGAUCUUCUAUUUAUGAAAUAGAUAUCUCAAUCUAAUUCACAAUCUUACAUAAAGAUUAUUGAUAGCUUUAGUUAAGAAUCUGUUCUAUAUUCAGAAUAAUCAUUAAGAAAUAGUAUUAUAGACAUACAAAAUUAAAACCUUCAAUAAUUUUAACAAUAGUUACCAUAAAAAUCAUCCUUGCUAAGCGAAGAAGAUUUAAGCAAAUCAUAAAAUUUUGACGAUGAAGUUAUUUUUAAAAACAACUCAAGUCCAUCUAAUCUCUAGUUUGCAGAUUAUGAGCCAGAACCGUUCAAUCUGCAUUAGCUGGCCUAAUCUCAAGUUUUAAGAGUCUCAGACAUUGUUAGAGAUUAAUCUAAGAUGUCCGAAAAAUAAGCAGAAUCAUACUCUAUACUUAUUUCAAAUAUGUUGAUUGUUUAAGAAAUUUAAUUGUUAUGCUAAGAACUUGGCAGACAUAAUAUUGAUAUUUUUGAAUUAGUAACAAAAGCAUUGAUUAAUAGACCACCAUCCUAAAUGCAAACAUCUUUUGGAACAAACUAGAAUAAAGGCUUUAAAACUGGAAUUCCACAAGUAAAGACUUAUUUAAGUCAUUUGACAGAGUUUAUGCUUUGCAAUUAUAAGGAUGAGGUGUUAGCCAAAAUAAAUGUACCUUUAGGACCUUCAUCAAAAGAUAUGCUCAAAUUCUUACAUCCUAUUUCUGAUUCAACAAUUGUAUCGGAUGAAGAUUCUAAUUAAAAUGAGAAUUACUUGUAGAAUAUCAUAAUGACAGCAGAAUUAUUUGGCACUUUUGAGAGAUUUUUAAUAAAUGAAUAAAUUCUGAAGAGCUAAACAUCUUAAUUACUUGAAUUGGAGCAUGUUCAUAAUAAAGCAAUAUUCGAUGCUUUGAAUGAAGCCUUAGAUUAUCAUAGACCUUAUGGAAUGGCAGGAUAACCUUAUGCUUGGAAAUCUGAUGCAAGUAGAUUAUAGUUUCGAAAAAACACAAUUAGUGAUAUGCCAAAUAUAAUUAAAUCUAGUUUAGAUAAAGUUUUGGAAUGGUGUCAUUAUUUAGUUGGAUUUCUAAUUGAUAAAGAGGAUUGUCCAUAUCCUAAGAUUCUGAUGUUUGAUCAAGAAUGUCUAGCUUAAAUAAAAGAAGAUAGGAUGAUUAGAAUGCUAUCUGCUGAGGUAUUUUUUAUUAAAAUGCGUAGGUUAUUGAAAAUGAAGAUAGAUGGAUAAGUUAUGAUGAAGAAUUUACUGUAGUUGCAAUCGACUUAUCAGAUAUGAUUUUUGAUCAUUUACUUGAAGAAUUACUUUAAGAAAUUCAUUGA